AUGAUUUUAUGGUGUUUGCCAUUGUGGUUGUUGCGAGUGCAGGCGUCGACGACGACCUUCCCGUCCUACUUGCUAGAUCAUGUGACGCAACAUGUUGAUGCAGGUCGUGUCGAGAGUGGCUUUGGGCACGCAUGCUCGCAGCACGGGCUUUGCGACAGCUGCAUUGCGGACAGUUGUGGCUGGUGUGACCGAGAACAGCGCUGUCUCGGUGCUUCUGCCACAUGCGGGCCAGGCCAUGCCCCGGUGUCAGUGAAUCCAAGCAGCUGCCCUCCUGAGGUUCCACGCCAGACCGACUUCCGGCGGCAAGAUGCCCUGGAGAUGGUUCGCUAUGCGUGGGCAGCCUACUACGACGAGCCUGAGAGGCACGGACUGCCAGACUCUGCGGAAGUGGUGAAACCAUUCCAUUACCGGAUUGGAAUCUGGGACAGUGCUUUUGCCUAUGUCGCCCUGGACUCAUCCACAAAUCGGAUCGUACUUGCCUUUCGUGGAACGGACACCGUGACGCAGCUGAUGGUUGAGCUCAUCUCGCAUUCUCUGGUGCCCUUCAUGACGGGCAAUGCACAGGUUCGCGUGAACGAGUUCUUUCUGGCUGCAGCAGAUGAUCUCCUUCCACAACUAACGCCGGUCUUGCGGGACUUGGAGAUAAAGUGCCCCACUUGCCGGCUUUGGAUCACCGGGCACAGCUUGGGUGCUUCCAUGGCCCUUCUGGCGGCGUUCAACGUUUCGUUUUGGACCCGCGAAGAGCCCAUCCUGCUCACCUUCGGCCAACCUCGAUCCGUCAACGGCCCCUUCGCUCGAAUGAUGGAGAAGAGGCUCACCCGAAUCUACCGCUUGGUGAAUGCAAGGGAUCCCGUCCCGCACAUCCCCAGGUGCCACAGGAGCGACGCUGCGCAGAAGCCUGAGAGGCAGCACCCUGGAAGCCAGCGAUACCGCAGGCUUAUCGCCGAUCUUGUGGUACGUGCGACCUGCACGCAGGGGCUCUGCCGCGCCCGCGGCAUUCCGCCUGGGCGUUCCUCAAAGGAAGACCUUGUGGAGCGUCUCGUGGCGAAGAGGAAGGCGAAGGAUGGCGGCGACGCCAAUGCAGCCAGGAAGCGCCAGGCGCAGGUGAGUAUUCAUGGCCGGUGCUCCCCGGAGUCGACUGUGGUGCUGGUUCAGUCCGGAGACACCUUCGCCUUGGGAGCUGCCCCGCUCGGGGCCCCGAGCGGUUUCCGGCCCCUGCGCUGCGGGCGCUGCGGCGAGCUCUUCGAUUUGGGAAAAGCGACUUUCAGCCACGAUCCAAAGCGAUUCUGGUGCCCCAAAUGUCGUUUUCGGGCCAUGGACCCGUUCAACGAGGUUGUGGAUGGAGGGCUUCUGCACCUCUGCCUGGUCACGGCCGCCGAACAUCGCUUUAGCUUGUCGCUCCCGCUGCUGAAGGAGUGGCGUGCCGCUGGCGAAACGGUCUGGGUUCGCAUGGUGGCCCUGGACUGCGUCGAGCUUCUCCAGGUGUGGCCGGAAGAGCUCUCGCUGGAGGCAGAUGGGCGGGAGCUUUUUCGCGUCGCGCCGCCAGAGAAGGGCCACCGGCGGCGUGACGUGCCCCAGGAGCUGACGUACCAGCUCAUGGCUGGCCCAAACGUCCUGCAGCUCCGAGUGAACGCCUCUGCCGCCGGGUCCGGGCUGGCCCUAGGUGUGCUGCGCUGCUCCGCCAAAGCCCCGCGGAGGCUGUGCGGCGACGUCCCAAGGGCCUCGGCCGCGGAGGCCCGGGAGCAGAUGCGGGUCUUGCUGAGGGAGGAGGAUGACCGAGAUGACCUCCAAUAUAUAGCUUCGAAGCGGCUUUCGCUGCUUUGCCCGAUCUCACUUGAGCGGCUGGAGCGCCCAGUUCGAGGCCGCCGAUGCCGGCACCUGCGCUGUUUUGGCCUUUCGGCCUACUGCAGGAGCAACCAUGGAAUGGACGCAUUCAACAACCGCUGGACCUGCCCGGUGUGCACCGAGCGGCUACGGCCAGCGGACCUUGUAGUGGAUGGCUAUGUAGAGCAGAUCCUGGCCGAAACCGAGGCUGGCUGCGAGGAGGUGAUCCUCUCCAUGGACGGAUCUUGGUGCCCUGCUGUUGAUACCGACGAGACAGACAGGCAAGGAGCAGCGGAAGGAAAAAGCACAGAAUGCUAG